GACGCGCGCCGCCAAGCAGCUUCCAGUCCCGGCAACUGCCUUCCGUCCGGUAAACCCAGGCGUUUUCGUCUCGCAUGCGCAGUGGCGUCCGUCCUUCUCUUCCUUCGCUAGGCGUCAUGUGGGACUUCUCUCCGGGUGGCCAUUGGGUUCCUCGUCUUGUGGGGACCUUGACGCUGUUGGCGUUACCUCAGGGGCCUUUGGUUCCAGAUUCAGUUCCCGAAAACCAUGAGGUUAAGUACAGAUGCAAACCAGGUUUUAUAAACAUCCCUGGAAGAAAUGAAACUAGUAUAUGCAUUGGCAAUUCUUGGCUGAAGAUGGAAGAACUUUGUGCUGUGGCGACAUGUGAAGAGCCAGCUGUUGAAAAUGGAAUUAAAUUGAGUGGAUUUCAGCAUUCAUAUACUUCUGGUGACAACAUGGUAUUUGAAUGUAAAAUUGGAUACUUUUUGAUUGGAAGUUAUUUCAUUCAAUGUGAGAAUAAUACCUGGCACCCUACGGUUCCAUCCUGUAAAAAGAUCACUCCAUACCUGUGUGGUGCCCCAGUAAUGCCUAUAGGGACAGUGGAGCCACUGCUAUCCCAAUAUGAAGUAGGAUAUGUCAUUUCUGUAUAUUGCAAUCCUGGUUAUUGUUUUCCUGAUGAAACCAUAGAGAUGAUAAUGAAAUGUAAAGGCUACAAUUUAUGGGAACCUCCUCCACAACCUUGCUUCAUUAGAACCUCACAUGACACUUUUCACUUGCAUAUUUCUAAUGGACAAAUAAAACAUGGAAGGAAAUAUAUAUAUGAGCCUGGAGAUAAUGCUAGUAUUAAGUGUGAUCCUGGCUAUACAAUCAAUGGACCAGAAAAUAUUCGAUACAUUGGUGGUGGAAAAUGGUUACCAAAACUUCCAGUUUGUGUUCUGAAUCCAUUUUUCACACUACUAAUAACAGUGUUUGUACUAAUUGUCUUACUGUUGGCGGCUAAAAUGAUUUACUGGAAAUAUCAGUCUCUGUAAAGGUACUUGAUUUGCAAGGACUACUUUAAAGCUACAGGAGACAAACUGUGUACAGUUCUGAAGAUAAUUUUGCAUGUAUAAAUCAAAGACUACAUUUUUAUUAUAUAUUUCUGUGUUGGAAACAAAGUAUAUAUUUUCAUGCAAAAUCUUAAAUCUUUUUCAAAUGAUGCCUAGAUGUUGUGUCACUUUGCACUUUUUAGUGUCAUUUAAUAAGUUAUAUCCAACAAGAAGCAAAUAUCUUUCUAUGAAUUUUAUCUGGAAUUUUUUGAAAAUUCAAGACAUGGUAGAUAAGUUACAGCUUAAUUUGUUCUAAGAUUAGUUUUCUUAUACAGGAUUUUAUCUCAUUGUAAUGUAAGAGUGAGAUUCAGUACAAUGUGAGAGUGUGGAGCAAGGACUCAAGAGAUUGUGGGUCCAAAUCCCCAUUUGGUGAUGGAAACUUGUGGUUAGCAGAGGUGAACUGUUACUUGAAAUCUGUUAGGGUCAUGAAAAUGUGACUUGACAGCACAUGACAAAAACAACAUAAGAAUAAAAGGGCUACUUUAGUGCAUCUGAAACAUAGCAGUCCUCUUUUCGUCUUCCGUUAUAUUCUUUUACAUUGGUCAUCCCAAUGUUUCCAGAAAUUCAGAAUCAGAUCAAAGGCCUGAAGGAAAAAUAUGGGUGUCGUGGGUGCGGCUUUCAAGAUAGGUGAGAUAUUUAAAGAGUG